CCUGUCGCACGAGCCGAGCGAGUGCACGUAUUUAUAUCGUUUUUUUACACAGCCGAUCGCGAAAUCGCGAGUGAGAUUUUUUGAUUAUCGAUCGACUUCGAUCCCUUUUUCGAUUAAAGUGAAAGUUUUUUCAGUCGCGUUAUUUCAAGUGCAUUUGAUGCCCAAGGUUUUUGGAAAGCAGUGACAAUGUUUGAACUGUUUUUCGCGCUGUGCGCGGCGACGAUGCUGCUGCUGCUGUGCUCGGGGACGAUCGAGGCGCGCGGCCCGAUACAGGAGGCCAUCGAGAGCGGCACCGCGUCCCAGUACAAUCGCGACGACUGCACGUGGAGGCGCGGCAACGACAACGACCAGUGCCCCGAUCCCGACGUCCAUCUCUACCUGUACACGCCCGACAAUCCACGCCUCAAGCUCGAGGCCAAUCGCACCUCCGAUUGGCUGCGCAAGGAUUACGACUCCAACAAGGAGAACAUCUUGCUCGUGCACGGCUACGCCGGGGGCCUCGACGCACUGCCCAUGUCGGUUCUGCGCGACGCCUAUCUGCGCAACGGCAGCUACAACGUCUUCGUCGUGGACUGGGGAACUCUGAGCGCCGCCCCCUGCUACCCGGCCGCCGUGUCGAACAUGCGCCCGGUGGCCCGCUGCCUGGCGGCGUCGCUCACCUCGCUGCGUAAUCACGGCCUGCCGAUCGGCCGGACCAGCUGCGUCGGCCACUCGCUCGGCGCCCACGUCUGCGGUAUGAUGGCCAACUACUUGCUGUUUCGCAUGAGUCGAAUAGUGGGCCUGGACCCGGCCAGGCCGCUCAUCAGGCCGGGACUGGUCAACAGGAUCGACAGCGGCGACGCCGACUUCGUCGAGGUCAUACACACCAACGCUGGAUACUACGGUGAGCUUGGAAAAGGCGGCCACGUGGACUUUUGCGUGAACGGAGGCAAGUCGCAGCCGUUCUGCGAGGACCGGGAAAAUCACGAGCUGUGCAGUCACGUGUGGGCCGUGUGCUUCAUGGCCCAGAGCGUCGACGGGACGCGCGACAUGCAGGCCGAGCCGUGCACGCGUCGCUGCCCAUCGGGCCCGCGCAUCGCGCCUCGCUCCGGCGAGGUGCUGCAGAUGGGCCAACACACGCCCAGCGGCUCCAGGGGCUCCUUCUGCUACACCAUGUACGAUCCGCCCUACUGCCCCAAAUACAACGACGGCCACGGCGACGAGAGAUGCUGUUUGUAAAUUGCCCCUCAUUAUAUGCAUACCAUGUAAAUUACCGUUAAAAUGAUUCCAUUUUGUUUUAAUGUCAUGAAUGUCGAGUAGAUUUAAGUUUUGUACUAUGAGUUUAGCAUGAAUGUUGAUUUUUAUACGUUUUAAUAUAAGAUUUUUACGAUUUAUUUUAUGAAUUUAUGAUCAAAUAAUAGAUAUUACACUAUCAUCGAUUCAAUGUAUAGAAAUAAUAAUAGGAAAACAAGCAACUAUUUUUAGUAUUAUACAAAUGA